AUGGAGGUCGUUCCGCGGCGAAUAAGUCUGAACUAGUCCGCAUUGGAAAAUCUUUCGAGCUCGAAUCAGUCCAUCUUGUCUGCGCCGCCAGAAGUGCAGUUGAUUUUAUUCUUCUGGUCGUCGCAGGUCAGCUUUCGGGGCUCCUUCUUCUUUCUUCGUUUAUUGUCUUCUUAGGGGCGUCAAUCAUGGCUUUCUCUCGCUCAGUCACGUCUGUAUUACGAACUUCGCGACACAUCGCCUCGCCCAGUCGAGGUGCCAACCCAGUCAAUCGAGUCUUUGGUCACGACAGAUUCGGUGCCAGAACCUACGCUGCUGUCUUCAAUCGUGACAAGCCCCAUGUAAACGUCGGUACCAUUGGCCACGUCGAUCAUGGCAAGACUACGCUCACAGCCGCCAUCACCAAAAGACAAGCCGAGAAGGGUUUCGCACAGUUCUUAGAAUAUGGUGCGAUCGACAAAGCCCCCGAAGAGCGGAAACGUGGUAUUACAAUUGCCACGGCGCACAUCGAGUAUCAGACAGACAAACGCCACUAUUCCCACGUCGACUGCCCCGGUCACGCCGAUUACAUCAAGAACAUGAUUACUGGAGCCGCUCUCAUGGAUGGCGCUGUCAUGGUCGUUGCUGCUGGUGAUGGACAAAUGCCCCAAACAAGAGAACAUCUGCUCCUUGCCCGUCAGGUCGGUGUACAAAAGAUUGUCGUAUUCGUCAACAAGGUCGAUACCGUUGAAGACCCUGAAAUGUUGGAACUCGUAGAGAUGGAAAUGCGCGAGGUUCUGGCAAAAUACGGAUUCGAGGGAGACGACACACCCAUCAUCUUUGGCUCCGCUUUGUGCGCUCUGGAGGGCAAGAAACCCGAGAUCGGUGUGGAAAAGAUUGACGAGCUCAUGAACGCCGUUGAUACCUGGAUUCCAACCCCGCAGCGAGAUACCGAAAAGCCUUUCCUCAUGUCCGUCGAAGAAGUCUUCUCCAUCUCCGGAAGAGGUACCGUCGCUUCUGGCCGUGUCAUGCGAGGUGUCUUGAAGAAGGAUACUGAAGUCGAGAUUGUGGGCGGUGGUGCGAACGUCAUCAAGACAAAGGUCACCGAUAUUGAAACCUUCAAGAAGUCCUGCGACGAGUCAAGAGCUGGUGAUAACUCUGGGCUUCUUCUACGUGGUGUCAAGCGCGAAGAUGUCAGACGUGGUAUGGUCAUUGCUGUACCGGGUACUGCCAAGGCUCACCAGGAGGUUCUUGUGUCGAUGUACGUCCUGACCGAAGAGGAAGGUGGCCGAAAGACUGGAUUCACCGAAGCAUACCGACCGCAGCUCUUUGUUCGAACAGCCGAUGAGGCCGCCACCCUGGCAUGGCCCGAGGGAACCGAGGACACCAGCAGGAUGAUCAUGCCUGGUGACAACGUCGAGAUGGUCCUCAAGACUCACCACCCAACUGCCGUCGAAGCCGGUGAACGAUUCAACCUGCGAGAAGGUGGAAGGACUGUUGCGACGGGCCUGAUUACGAGAGUCGUUAAAUAAGCGUGAUGAUGCAUUCACAUUUUGCAUGAGUUAAAAAAGUCGGCGUUCACGCUCUGAUCUCGGCCCUGAAGGCACUGUAUCAAAAAUGUUGUAUCUUGUCAGAUAUGGGAAGCUGUACAUUUGCGACAGAGUUGCGCCGACUCCGGGGUAACUUAUCGGACAUGUUGGGGGCAUUUGGGGGCGACGGCGUAGAAACCUUUGUAUCUAAUCACUCUCAACUUCGAACAUGUCUGAACACACCU